AAAAAUAUGGCGGACGUUCCCAACACAAAUCCGUUUCUGGAUGAUGAAGACGAUGAAAGUACAGUGAUUGCGGCUACAGAAGUAGUUAACACUGAAUCACAAGAUGUAAAAGCAAGUGAACACCAUGAACUUUCAUUAGAUUCACUUGCUGCAAGCCUUUUGAAGGAGAAUUUUGUUUUGACAGCCCUUGAAUUUCACACAGAGCUCUUAGAGACCGGAAGAGAAAUCCCACGACUCCGAGACUAUUUUUCAAACCCGGGAAAUUUUGAGCGUACAAAAGACGAAUUUGGAACUUCAUCACUGCAUAGAACAUCCAGUAUACAGACAUUUGAUUCUCUGGACUUUGCCCGGUAUUCAGAUGAUGGAGGUGGACAGGUGGAUGAAAGAGUGGCAGUUCUGGAAUUUGAACUUAGAAAAGCACAAGAUUCCAUCAAAUCUCUUCGAGCAAGCUUAACAAAAGAAGCAGAGAAUGAGCUUGGAUCAACAGAGAAGGUAAAUGAGGGUGUGGUCACUCUGGGACAGGAGGAGGCCAUUAAACCAUUAGAGAGGAGGGCCAUUAAUUUCCUGAUUAAUGAGUUCCUCCUACAGCAGAACUACAAACUCACAGCUGUCACCUUCUCAGAGGAGAAUGAAGAUCAGGAUUUUGAAGACUGGGAUGAUGUGGGAUUAAACAGGGCUCGGCCACCAAGUCUCUUACAUUUGUACAAAGAUUUCGGGAGCCAUGCUGUCCCACAAACUGAAACUCAGGACUUCUCCUGUCAGGCAGAUCUGGAUCUGGAGGAAAAUCAGAGGAGGGAGGAAGAAUGGAAUGAUCUGAAAUCUCAGCUGGAGUCAAAUAUUGCUGAUUUUGAAAAUCAGAUUUCAAUCUUAAGAACAGAAAACCAGAACUUGAUGUCACAGAUUACUCAGUUCCAUAGCCAAAGAUCUGAAAACCAGGUUAUACACAAUUCUGCUCCUUUGAAAUCUUCAAAAUUGUCUGAUCAGGAAAUAGAUUACACAGUGGCUGUGGAAAGCCCUAGUGUUGGUGAGAAUAGUAAUGAAGAGUGUGAUAAGAGAACUAUGAAUGGUGAGUCAAUGAUGGACACUAAUUGUGAAAGUGAGGCAAAAACUGUGAAAGAAGGGGACCAGUCUAAUGAUAAAGACAUGAGUGUGGGGUCACAUGACUUUGUUGUCAUAGAUUCAGACCAUAGCAUAAGUGAUAAAAGUCCUGACAAAAAAGAAAGUUCCAGUAAAGAAAAUCCAGACGAUGACUCAGGGCGGCAUUUAUCACCCACUUUCAGAAAAGCUCUCUUAGAUGUUUGUUUCCAUGUUUCUAAAGAUAAUCGUAUUGUACAUGAGGUGUCCCGAAUCAUUGGUGCUGACAGAGACCACAUCGUCACUAUGUUGGCACGCUGUCUUCCUCAUAUAGUCCCCAAUGUACUCCUGGCUAAAAGAGAGGAGUUAAUUCCCUUGAUAUUGUGCACUGCCAUGCUCCAUACAGACUCUAAAGAGAGAGACAAGCUCCUUAACAUUCUCUUUAAUCUGAUCAAAAAACCAGAUGAAGAACAAAGGCAGAUGAUCAUGACAGGCUGUGUGGCGUUUGCCCAACACACAGGAAGUGCUCGUCUGAUGGAGGAACUCCUUCCUCAGUGUUGGGAACAGAUAAACCACAAGUAUCCAGAGAGAAGAAUCCUAGUGGCUGAAGCAUGUGGCGCACUGGCAUCCUACUUACCUACUGAGAUUUUGAGCUCGCUCAUUCUGUCGAUGCUCCAGCAGAUGAUGGCUGAGGAUAAGGAGGCGGAAGUGAGAGAGGCUGUGGUCCGGAGUCUGGGAAUUCUCUUUGGAUUUAUCUGUGAUACUGACAAAUACACACAGGGUUGUGAAUUACUAUGGGCAUCCCUGAAGGAUUCUUCAGAGCGUGUGGUGACUGCUUCCCUCCAUAUCUUUCUCCCCUCCCUUGCUGUCUGGGCAGAUGAGCUCGAUAAACUCCAGCACAGUCUCAUACACAGUGUGGUCAAAGAUCUGGAAGAACUAGUUAAGAGUGCUCUGGCAGCUCAGAAAGCAUCAAACUGUAACCACAUUCCAUUAAAUGAGUCACGGUUCAUGAGUUCCAUGUCAGCAUUACAAGAACUGAUAUCAUUCCUCUACAUAUCUGUGAUAAAGACUGGGCCCUACCAGAACAAAAUUAAUGAAGUCCUGCAUAAUGUUGUGGAUGUUGAUAUAUCUCGGUUUCCCAAACCCAGCUCAUUGCUUACAGAUUUUAAGGUGGUAUGUGGUGACAAAGAUCAAUUAUCUGCCCUUGUUCACCUGUUUGAACAUCAUAUUGGUCAAGAAUGGUUUGAACCAUGGGAUUCAUUUAAUUGGGUUGUGAACAAUUUAAUUCCUAGAUUAUUAGAAGUUGUAUUAGGUGCCGGAUUAGCCCUACCUAAAAUAGUUAAUAGUCUGUGUCGUUGUUUCUUCUUGUUGUCUCGGACGUUUGGCAAAGUGUUCGUGGAGAAAAAGAUGAGACCAAAAUUCAUAGAGCUGUUGGUUUUGACAGAUGAGCACACUGACCACCGCGGUUAUGCGGCUGCCAAACAGACCAGUGUCACCACCUGUAUUGUCCCUGUGUAUGCAGCGGGAGUCUUGUCAGCAUUUAAUUCUGAGGAAGACAGACAGCAGCUGAUUCAGUUCCUACAAGAAAUCCUAUGUACUUUAUCCAUGUAUCAAGCCCCCCUAGACAGCCUAAAGGCAGCAUUUACUGAACUCAGUGCCAACCCCAGUAACCAUGAGCUGUUGUUGACUGUCCUUUGGGAUGGAGUGGUGCACUCCUCUUCCCAAGUCCGAGCUUCAGCUGCAAGACUGUUUGAGUUGAUGGUGAAAGGUGUUGGAGAGAAUCUCAUCUCUACCAGAGUCUUUCCUGCACUAGUCACACUUGGAACUGAUGCUGAAAUUAAUGUCAGAACAGCUACCAUUCCUGCUCUUGGAGCCAUAAUAGAGAAUGUGUCUCUUGUUGAUAUGUUAGACAGAGUUUACAUGCAGUUUAUAACCUUUAUGGAUGACCCAGUCUACAGAAAUGAACAUGAAGUCAUAAUUGAGUUGAUUCGCACACUCGCUCGAGUUGGUCCAAAUGCUGAGCCUCGUUUCCGAGAUGAUUUGAUUCUUCCUCGCUUGGCUUUUGUGGCACUCAAUAACAACCAUCAGCAGGAUGACAGGAAGCGAACAGAGGUGGCACUGCAGCUGUUUGAAGCCUACAGUGCUCUUUCAUGUUGCUUCAUCAAUGAUCAGUUGGUUCAGGAAGCAAUGUUGCCUGGGUUACGGUGCUUGAAACAUGAUAUGGGUGCUGUGGCACCUGAAAGGGAAGAAGUGGUGACUUCCAUCAUAAAAGACUAUGAAACCAAAGUAGAAGGGCUUAGAUCUGGAAAUUUUUCUUCUGGUCAUGGAGGAUCAACCCCAAACUCAGAGGAUGUGAAAUCUCGAGUCAUGAAUCGAAUCAAAGAUACUACAUCAAAGGCCAAUCUCUCUAAUAUAUUCACAAGAAAGAAGUGAAACUGUACGUAUGAAAUCCGUAUCUAGUGACUUUUGAACCAAAUCAAAUACACCACCUCAAAGCUCAACCUUGUAUUCACAAGGAAGAGAUGGAACUGGGUGACUAUGGACUUUUGCCAUAAAUGGUUGUUAUUUGCAGCCUGUGUUCAAAACCACAACAUAUUAGCAUUUCUGUUACCACUCAACACUGUGCCAGAAAUAUAAUCACUGAUUCCACUGUGAUGUGAACUUGGAAUAGUUCCAUACAAAGCACAAUAUUUGUAUUAUGUAUGAAUUUUUAAUUGUUAUUGAUCAAUAAAUCAUGAUUUAAUGGACUGCUGGUCAUGGGGUUGCAGCUCCGCAAGACAGUAGACAGCAGAAGCCAUUCUCAGCCACAUCUCUUCUGAUAGAAAAUGUUACCUCUGGAGUGUCAAAAAAAACUAAAUUAUGAAUGAAAACAUUUAUUAAUUGCAUUUUAUGUCUGUAACAGUUGUAUAGAAACCAGAAUUGUCAGAAGGAGUGUACUCUCUACACAGUAGCCAUAUUGAUUGAUGUGUGUGAGGGCAUUUGUCAUUUGUAGAUGGAUGAUACAUAAAUGAAUUUGUUGAGGAAAUGAGUUCUAUUUUUCAAAGCAUUUCUAUUUUUAUUCCAGCUAGAUUAAUAUCUCUCUGCCAUGUUCAUUGUGAUAUGAAGAUCCUAUGAUGUUACAAGUACUUACAAAACAGAGUUGGUUUGGGGACCCAAAAUUUGAAUUUAUACAACUAAAUCUUGUUAAUUUUUUUUUAAAAAAACAGUUUCUUUUGCCACAAUAACAUUUUGCAUCAUGUAGAACUUCCACCAAAUGAAAAGUGAUAGGAGAAACUUUGAAUAUUAUUACAUCAUAUGCAUUUUUUAAAAUGAAUUAUAUAUUUUUACUUAUAGCACAAUAUAUUUCCCAAAAAAUCUACUUAAAAUUACUUUCAAAUAAAAACAAAUAAAAAUGUUCAUUUUGUAUUUACUUCCAUUUAAAUAUGUAUUUAUGUAUCCAUUUCAUAUUUGCUACAUUUAAAGCUAUUAAUUCGGAUGCAAAGAAAACACCACUGAUUUAUGCUCAUGUGGAAGGAUAUUUUGAAAAUUUUUGCAAAAAUUUUGGAAAUGGGUAAACCAUUGCAUGGCUGAUGUACUUAUAUAAAUCUCUCCAAUAUUCAUGUUUUUAAAUCAUUAUAUUAUUUGUGAAUAAGCAUAAUGUGUAUACACUAAUGCUUUAUAAUAUUUUAUAUACAUAUCACUUGAACUGUUAUUGUGAUGGACAUAUAAUAUAUACUUUUACAAUCUUUAAGUUAUUAUCAUUAAUUUAUUGUUUUGUUUGAUGAAUUGAUAUAAAAAUGAAGUUUACAAUAAA